AUGGGUAAGAAUAGUAAGGAUAAGAGAGAUUUGUACUAUCGUCGAGCUAAGGAGGAAGGGUAUCGGGCCCGUUCGGCGUUCAAACUCUUACAAAUGAAUGAACAAUUUGCAUUAUUCGAUGAUAUUUCCAAAGUAGUGGAUCUUUGUGCUGCUCCAGGUAGUUGGUGUCAGGUGCUCACCUCAGAAAUCAAGAAGGAUAAGAAGAUAGUUGCAGUUGAUUUACAACCUAUGACCCCUAUAGACGGUGUUACAUGUCUACAGGCAGAUAUCACCCACCCCAAGACGUUACAGAAGAUUUUAGACAUUUUUGAUGGAGAAAAAGCCGAUUUUGUCUGUAGUGAUGGAGCUCCUGAUGUCACAGGACUUCAUGAUUUGGAUGAAUAUAUUCAAGCUCAAUUGGUAUUAUCAGCAUUACAACUUACGACGUGUAUAUUGAAACCAGGAGGUAAAUUUGUCGCUAAAAUCUUCCGAGGAAGAGAUAUUGACCUUUUAUAUAACCAGUUGAAUCAUCUUUUCGAGACCGUGAUCUGUGCCAAACCCAGGUCAUCGCGAGGUUCAUCAUUAGAAGCAUUUGUGGUGUGUUUGAAUUAUCAACCACCAAAAGAUUGGAAUCCUCAAUUAAAACUUAACCAAUCAACAGAAGAAUUCUUUGAAAACGUCGAUAUAGGUAAAGCAAAGAAUGUUCAAUACUUUGAUUUAAAUGAUGAUGAAAGGCUGAUAGUGAAAUUUCUUGCUUGUGGAGAUUUGAAUGAUGGAGAUUCUGAUGCUACAUAUACUUUAGAUAAAGAACGAAUAGUAUUACCACCAGUACAAAUGCCCACAGCACCUCCUUAUAAGGAAGCAUUAGAGAUGAAACGGAAAGGAUUAGCUAGAUAA